AGCGAGAGAUCAGGUCGACCUCUAACCUUGUCCUCUACUCUCGAGUGCACUCUCUCAAGAGCUCUCGUUUGUUCUUGCAGGGAUCAUCGGGAUAGAUCGGUUGUGGAUGAGACGACAUGACGUCAAUCGUGGAGCUGUUUCCGAAAGCAAGAAGGUUGUCGUUUGAUCUGCGGACGUUGCUGCAGUACGUCGAGAGAGGACACGCGAGCCCCGACGAUGCCGGCAUGAACCUGGAGGAGUUUGGCCGGCAGCUGGACGUGUUGGAGAGCCUGGUGGGGCAGGAGCGGCCAACACAGCGAGAAGAUUGGCGAAGGAAGCUCCGGGAAUUGCGAAACGAGCACGCUUUCUUGCGAGAUCAGCUGGGGAGGUUCGACCAAGGGCGGCGAAAGGUCGGCCAGGAGGCCAAGGAACGGGAGGAGCUGUUGGCGCGAAGACAUGCGGCUCUGCCAUCAUCGGUGAUGGACGCCUACGCUGAGGAGGGGAGCUCCUUGCUGAGGUCGCGGAGAAUGGUCGGUGAUUACCUGCAAACAGGCCAAGCUUCGCUCACCAGUCUCGUGGAGCAGAGAUCGCGCUUAAAGAACGCACAUCGAAAGGUGCUAGAUAUGGCGAACAUCCUUGGCUUGAGCAACUCCAUCUUGAGAGUGUCAGAUAGAAGACAGGCCGUUGACAGGCUCUUGGUGCUUGGGGGCAUCAUCGUAACGUCUGUAUUUUUGUGGUGGAUGUGGGGCAGGCGGGUUGCAUCGUAG